AUGAAAGGGGAGAAAGCCAAGGAGAAAAAAUACAUAGUAAUGUCUCGACAUGGUUACGAUCUGUAAUUAAUUCAUAAAAUGUGUGGAAACCGAUUUACUUAUAAGACAGCAUUGUCUAUUGGUAUUGAAAUGGUUGAUAAGUUGAAUAUGCUUUGCUAGUCUGGAUAUCUUCAAGAGGAUCUAAAGCUUUCGAACAUUCUUAUACCUCUUAUGAGUGAUUUACCUUGGAAGUACAAGACUUAAAAUGACAUAUUCAAUAAGCAAAAUAGAUAAAAAGUAAAAGAUAGUUAGAUUAUCAUGUACCUAAAGACUCUGGAUGAUAAAUUUCAAAGUAUCUACAAAUGGCUAAGAAUUCAGAAUGGACAUGUUCAAAAUAAGAAUAAUAAUCCUGAAAGUUUCUAAAAAGACAUAAAGUAUUUCAAAAGUUAAUUACAGGAAAUCCUAUCAAAGCACUAAAGUGAUAAUGAAUAUAAAUUUGAUUGGUAUCCUAUACUAGCUAAAAUUCAGAGAUUCAACAGAAAACAAGGCAUGAAUCCAACCAUUACAUCAUAUAGAGGAAGUAUUACUAGUGCAGUUAAUGGCUAGGAAAGAAAAGUAUAGAGGAAAGGUACAUUUCAAAUGAACUCUUAAAAUGAUAACAACUCUAUAAAUGGAGCUGGUAUGAACCAAGAGCUCGAAAGUCCCUAAAAAAGCCGAUUUCGCAAAAUCCUCUCUCCUGUAAAGGCUAGAUCUAAGAGUGCUAAUGUAGUUGAUGACGAUCAUCUUUACCUCGUUAAAGAAUAAAGAGAGUGCUAAAUUUUCAAUGAAAUGGAAAUAAUAGAAGAUUCCCCGUUAAACGUAGAAAAUAAUCAAAAAAAUGAAUCACAAUAUAAUUUCCUAAAGUUAUUAGAGGGUUCUUAAGAUGUUUCUUUUGAAAAGCGAAGAGAAUCUUAAAAGUAUUUUUUUGGGAAUAAAGUAUCACAGCUUGCCUAGUAAUAAACAGAUGAUAGCAUGAAUAAUAUGUUUAAUGGGACCUGUGGUAAAAUGACAAUGACCAUGUCUUCUAAAAAAAUGCUGUUUGAACGGACUAAAAAGUCUACGAUGCUUUUAGUGUCCACAAACGAGCAGGACUCACAAAAGAGUAAAGACUAGAACAUAAAUAAUCUGGAGGAUAUUGUUGAGAAUUCUAUAUCUUUAGAGAGUGAAGAUAUGAAGUAAUUUAAUUUUGAACCAAUUAGCAAAGUAGACUAAUAACUAGCCUUAAAAAAUGGAAAGCCAUAUGAAAAUUAGGGCAUGAAGAGUUUUGUUAAUUAAUUUUCACUUGCUAAUCCUAUUACCUCUGGUGAUAAAAAUUCAGAGGAAUCGAAAUAUGCUUUGGAAUAAAUGAUGAGCUUGCUUGAUUAGUGUCAUCCAUCUGAGCAGACUCCUCAGUAUUAACUUAAUCAAUACGAUAAUAAUAAGAUUUUUAAUACACCAAUGGCACCAACUUUCAAUAACAUUUCAAUUAAGAAUCAAACUAUAGGCUAAAAUCAUCAUAUGUAUAGCAAUAAUGGCAGUAGUAUAAAUGAUAUUCAUCAACUUGCUCAUGGCAGCAGCUAAAAUUAUUGUUCAAUUAACAAUAAUGGCCCAGUAAUGGCAUAAGAUGAACUUAAGGCCAGAAAGUACUCUGAAAAUUAUAAUAGAAAAUACUCAGGAAUGGAAUUUCAUAGGAAGAACUCGAUGCAGGCCAGUGAAAUUUCUAUAAUCACAAUAGACAGAUUUGGAUGCAAUGAAUAUGACGAAGGAGUAAAUAUAAAUUCAGUUAGAUUUAGCUAGAAUAACAAAGUGAAUCCAUUGAAUGGUGGCAAUCAUAAAAAUCCUCGAAAAGUAAUGUCAAGGACAUUAAUGUCUUGCAACUAGUUUAGUGAUAGCAUUAUCUACAACAAAAUGUUCUGA